AAGUACGCCCCAUAACUUCCGGUUAGACGUUCUCUGUCACCGAGUUAGCCCGCACGAUUUCUCCCUUUUAGUGGGACACAGGAUUUUUUUUGUAAUGUAUCUAGUUGUUGUUUCUUCUCCUCGUCGUGGAUAUGGACAUUUAUAGGCUGCUGUUAUGACUGCUGACUAGACGACUGUUUUGGUGUGCAGAGCUUCCAUUUGAGGCCAAGAAGGAGAUGAAGGACAGCUUGAAGAUGAUGACAGACAUGAUCCUGCUGUGUGCCACUUUGGCCCUGUCCCUCUUCUUCUGGAUGCUCUCACUGACCAUCAGCGCUUACUCGGGGACGCUGCACCCGGUGUCACCAUGGCGAUGGUUGUUCUCCAUCCUGGUCCCGCUAGUGCUGACGAUCCGAGCUCUGAAGAGACGCAGCCUGGACCGCUCGGGGGCGCUGGGAGCCAUGUUGGUCGGUUUUGUGUUGACGAUGGCCAACUUCAGCUUCUUCUCUUCGCUGCUGGUUUUCUUCUUCACUUCCUCCAAACUGACCCGCUGGGGGGGAGCGCAGAAGAAGAAAAUAGACGCUGAGUACAAAGAAGGGGGGCAGAGGAACUGGGUCCAGGUCUUCUGUAAUGGCGGCGUGCCCACAGAGCUGGCGUUGCUCUACAUGAUUGAGGUGGGUCCAGGGGAGAUCCCCAUCGAUUUCGGGCGACAGUACACGGCCUCCUGGAUGUGCUUGUCUCUGUUGGGGGCGCUGGCUAGCAGCACGGGGGACACCUGGGCCUCAGAGGUGGGGCCCGUCCUCAGCCAAUCCCGGCCCAGACUCAUCACCACCUGGCAGGAGGUGCCGGCGGGAACCAACGGAGGGGUCACUAAUGUUGGGCUGGUGGCCAGCUUCCUGGGUGGGCUGGUUGUGGGCGUGGCCUACUUUGCCACCCAGCUGCUAUUCAUCAGCGACCUUCACCAGGCUGAUCCCCAGUGGCCGCUGGUGGUGUACGCCGGUGUGGCGGGUUUGCUGGGCUCCAUCCUGGACUCCUUCCUGGGGGCCAACAUGCAGUACUCAGGCUUUGACUCCAGCGUCGGGAAGGUGGUGAGUUACGAGUCCACCACCACGCGGUGGAUAAGUGGGAAACCCAUCCUGGACAAUAACGCCGUCAACCUGUUCUCCUCUAUCCUUAUUGCACUCAUCCUGCCUGGGAUGGCGUGGGGGGUGUGGCCUCGCUAGGCUAGUGGAGGAGACUGGAGCGAGCAUUUCUUUAGAAAAGCAGACUCUAGUACAAACGUGGGGUGGGGGUGGGGGGUAGUUUUUGCUAAAUAAUAGUGUUAUAAAUAAAGGUGACAAGCAGACCAGGUUCUGACGUGCUUUCUCCUCAGCUGGUCCAAGUUCAGCUGUGUUCCUCCAGAAAGUCAUCUCUAGGUGGCGCCGAGCAUUGUAAGCUGAGAGGACGCUUCCCUCCAUCUCCAACGUGAAAACAUUUUAACAACAGCAGGGGGCGCUUAUGAAUGUUGCACAAUAAUACUAACAAUAAUGCAUGAUGGCAAGCGUCUGGUGGCCAGGCCUGCACCCAUGGAGCCCAGCCCAAAAAGGCAAACAUGGUUCCCCCCUCCCUGCAAUGAGCUCACCACUCAGGAGAGGCCAAAGGGUUCGGGCGCAGAGUGAGUUGGGUGUCAGCCAAAAGCGGGGACGUUAGCGGGCUGGUCUUCGGCUGCAGAAUUCAGCUCCAGUCCCAUGGGCCAAAAAUGCAGGUGACUGGUACCUGAAGGCCAAGUGGUUUGCGGCUCCGGUGGUCACCAAGGCAAAAAUUCUGACAUGGAAGGAGUUCAUCGAGAAUGCAUUGUGGUUUUUGUCCUAGUUGUGGAACUGUGGACCAACACUACACUUGGCUGGGUCCUUGAGGGUGCAUGUGUGUCUGCCCAACCAGUCCACGUGUUUUGUGGACUUAGUCUGAGUCUAUGGUUGUCUCCUGGAAAAGGGACGAGUGCCAUCUCCAGUUUGGUGAGAGAAGGAUGGAACGUGAGAUGGACAGGCGGAUUGGUGCGGCGUCUGCAGUGGACCACUCUGCAUCGCUAUGUUGUGGUGAAGAGGGAGCAGAGCCAAAAGGCAAAGCUCUCAAUUUGGUGGUUGAUCUACGUUCCUACCCUCAAGAUUCAAGAGUUUUAUUGUCAUAUGCACAGUAAAACAGGUAGUUCUGCUAUGCAAUGAAAUUCUUAUUCUGUUCAUUCUCCAAAAAGCAAAGAAAACACAAGAAAGAAUAAGAACAUAAGAAACAUAAAUACCAAUAAAUUAAGCAACAACAGAAGAGACAUUAAUACAAAUAAAUAAUACAAAUAAAUAAACUAAUAAAUAAAGUGUUAUGAGUGUGUUGGUGUGUGUUGCGUGUGGCGUGUGUGAGUGCUUUGUUGAGAAGCCUGAUGGCCUGUGGGUAAAAGCUGUUUGCCAGCCUUGUGGUCCUGGACUUCAAACUCCUGUAGCGUCUGCCUGACGGUAGGAGUGUGAAUAAUGAGUGUUGUGGAUGUGUGCUGUCCUUGAUGAGGUUGUGUGUUCUUCGUAGGACUCUAGUUUCAUAAAUGUCUUGCAGUGAGGGGAGGGCUGCCCCAACAAUGUUCUGUGAGGUCUUGAUCACCCGCUGGAGUGCCUUCCUAUCACGUGUUGUACAGUUACCGUACCAAACAGUGAUGGAGGCGGUAAGGACACUUUCCAUAGUGCAUCUGUAGAAGCAACUCAGGAUUGUGGUGGACAUGCCAAAUUUCCUCAGUCUUCUCAGGAAGUACAGUCUCCUUUGGGACUUCUUCAGAAUUUGUUGGGUGUUGUGAGACCAGGUGAGGUCCUCGCUGAUGUGUGUGCCAAGGAACUUGAAGGUUUUCACCCUCUCUACCUCAGUCUCAUCAAUAAACAGGGGUCUAUGUGGCUCCUUUUCCCUUGUUCUUGGGUCGAUGAUCAUCUCUUUGGUCUUAUCUGUAUUGAGAAGGAGAUUGUUAUCACGACACCAAGCUAUGAGGUCCGCCACCUCUCUUCUGUAUGAUGUUUCAACACCACCAGUGAUCAGUCCGAUGACUGUAGUGUCAUCCGCAAAUUUAAUGAUGCUGGUGUUGUUCUGGGAGGCCACGCAAUCGUAGGUGAAGAGCGUGUAGAGGAGCGGACUCAGCACACACCCCUGUGGGGUCCCAGUGCUCACAAUUCUUGAGCUGGAUGUGUGAUUGUGGACUCUGACUGACUGGGGCCUGCCUGUUAGAAAGGUAAACACCCAGUUACAGAGGGAGGGUGACAGGCCAAGUGUGAGGAGCUUAUUUGUGAGUUUGUGGGGGCUGACUGUAUUAAAAGCAGAGCUAUAGUCUAUAAAUAGCAUUCUGACGUAUGUGUCCUGGCCCUGUAGGUGAGAAAGGGCUGUGUGGAUGGCAGUGUUGACUGCAUCAUCCGUGGACCGGUUCUGGCGAUAUGCAAACUGUAGAGGGUCCACAGUUGCCGGGAUGCUCUUUUUGAUGUGGGUCAUGACUAUUCUUUCAAAGCACUUCAUAACAAUAGGAGUGAGUGCUAUAGGGCGAUAGUCAUUCAAGCAGGUCACGUUGCUCUUCUUGGGUACGGGCACUAUGGUGGUGGACUUAAAGCAGGUCGGUACAGAUGCUUGUGCAAGCGACAGGUUAAAUAUGUCAGCAAGCACAUCAGCUAGCUCUGAUGAGCAAACCCGAUGUGCACGUCCUGAGAUGUUGUCUGGGCCUGCUGCUUUUUGUGGGUUUGUUUUGUUCAGAACCCUGCGCACAUCAGCUGAUGUCACCAUGAGAGGUGAGUCCUGUGUGCUCCCCAGGUUCAGCCACCCUCUCUGCUCAUCAGGAGUUUGGGUGUCAAAGCGGGCAUAGAACUCAUUCAGCUCAUCUGGAAGUGUGGUUUGGCUGGACGUGGCUACGCUACUCCGCUGGCGAUAGUCUGUGAUGUGCUGGAGCCCCGCCCACAUGCGCCGAGGGUCUCACCUAUGGUCAUGACCGAAUGGACAAGAUGGCGGGUACAAGCGGUCGAGAGGGCUCGAGAGAGAUAAGGUGAGAAGUGCUGUCAUCCGAGACAAACUCGGAGUAGAAGCGCUGCUCCUCCGCAUUGAGAGGAGCCAGAUGAGGUGGCUUGGGCAUCUGGUCAGGGGAGGUGUUCAAGGCACAUUCGACUGGUAGGAGGCUUCAGGGAAGACCCAGGUCACGUUGGAGAGACUAUGUCUCUCGACUGGUCUGGGAACACCUCGGGAUCUGCUGGGAGGAAGUGGACGAAUUAGCUGGGGAGAGGGAAGUCUGGGCUUCCCUGCUUAGGCUGCUGCGUCUACUACUGUACCACCCCUGGGAUAAGCGGAAGAAGUUGGAUGGAAAUGAAAAUGCUUUGCAGCUACAGGACUGCAAUCUAUUUUUGGCGGUGGUGGCUGAAUCAAACGUGCGUAAUUGUCCAUUUGUAAAACACGUUUAGAAGUCCAAAUGAACUUUCUUCUGUGGCUUCUUUUUCUUGUUUUGUUUCUUUUUCAUAAACCAAAGGGAGGUGCAUUUUAGAUGGGGAGGGGCCUGCAACACCCACUGCACUGCUCGUUAAGAGCUUUCAUGUCAAAGUCACCAAAAGUCUUGACUAGAUUUAUCGCUCGUUGCUUCUUUAAAAAGGAGCAUGUAUAUUACAGCAUUAGGGUGGGAAUACUUGCUAAUGUUGGCAGCACUGAUGCCUGCUGCUCACAACAGGUGCAUUGUAUAGUGCCAAGUCUAAUUGUAGCACCUCAAAUGUAUGUUGUGAUGGCCCAUUUUAAGUAAGUGAAUGAAUGAAUGAAUGGGGGAAACACUGCUAGCUAAGAAAUAUGCCAGUGGAGCAUUAAGCAGGAAAAAGACAAAGGAGCAAGUUGACUCCUGUACUGUCCUGUGUUUUAUUUCUUUAUUUCAGAGAGAAAAGGCACUAAAACAAAGGGAGAGUGACAUUGCUGUUGAAUGACAGUCAUAGUUUGCACAGCAACACACACGUACAUACACACAGACACAAGGAAGGUUGAACAAGCUACAAAUGUCCUUCAGAGCUGAUUGAGCGUUUAGUGUUUGAUUUCCUUCAAAAUAAAUAAAUGAUAAAUGAACAUUCCCCAGCAA